AUGGCGCGCGGACGUGGCAGCGACGUCGCGCGCGUCGUGCGCGUCGUUCUCUGCGUCGCGCUGUUCGCGUGCGCCGGCGUCGCGCACGGUUUCAAGUUUACGAGCGCGUUUAAAGAGAAGAUUGCGCCGAAGGGUAAAGACGUUCCGCGCUCGGUGUGUUUCGUCGCGGCGACGAUUCCGUGGGGGUUCGGGGCUUAUCAAGCACAAACUUCGGGCGUCGCGCGCGCGUUCGCCGAUCGCGGGCACAGGACGUUUUGGUUGCCCAGGGUGCCGGACGUGCGAUUGCCAGAGGGGACGUACACGCUGGAAGAAGCCCUGAGGGCUUUUAAACCGGGUGUUCGAAGACCUAACCCGAACGAGCGCGAAGAAUCGAAGCAUUUGACGUUUCUGGGCGUCCCUAACGUGGAGAAAGUGAUGUCCCCCGGGAUCAACGCUCUCGGAUUGACCAUGCAAGAGUUGAACAGGCUCGCGACACUAAAUCGUAUCGACGCGUUUGUGUUGCUCAUGGACGUUGGGAACAUGUAUUUGGACGCGAACGAGUUCAAAGUACCGACAGUUAUGUGGAUGCCGUAUCAUCACGAAGUCCCCGAUUCGUCUUCGCCGAUUCUGUCGAUGUACUCAGCCGUGGCGGCGUUGUCCGAUACGACUGGACGAGCCAUCGAGCUUGUGCAACCUCUCACGCGAACGAUCCCGCACUUCAUCGAUCGUGCGGCUCUGAAUGCGCGAGCCAACGCGUUUGAUGCGAACGCAAAGAGAGAGAAGGGUGUCAGCGAUGAUGCCGACGAAGCGACGAUUCGAACAGCGAUUCGACGGCGUCUCUUUGACUCAGUUGCGUUGGAUAAGUCUUACAAGCGGAACCUUGAUGAGAUAGAUAACGACACUUUUCUGGUACUCAUGCAAGGAGGGAACUACGAAGAUCAAGAUAGAAAAGGUUGGGUCGCUUCCAUUCACGCCUUUGCGCAAUUUCAGCGUGAAAACCCAGAUUUGAAGACGCAUCUGUGGAUUCACGCCGUCGACAGCGCCAUGACGCAAAACGACAUGAACGAUGGAUCCAAACCGCCCGUCGCAGUGGUGCGCACUGGAGUAGCUUUGCGCUUGGUGCUUCAACAUGCGGGUAUUCCGGAUAAUAUGUACACCCUGGACGAAAACAGGCACGAUGUGAGUCGCACGACGGCUUUGAAGAGACACGCCGACGUGUGUUUGCACACGUCUAAAGCCGAAGGCUUUGGUAUGGUCGUCUUGGAGUGUCAAGCUCUGGGCACGCCCGUGAUCACGACCAACUUCACGGCGAUGCGAGAUUACACCAAGUAUGGAAUUGCGGUCGAGCCUGCGGCGUUCGAAUCUAUUCAAGGCUCAUACUGGGCAGCACCAAGCGUGCCAGGCGCGGCGCAUGCGCUGACCGUCAUUUCCACGGGCGCCGCGGAGCUUCCUCCGCUCGAGAGCGUAUUCGCUUGGAUCGAUGACGUGUUCGCCUUGGAUACUAUCACAGAGCAGUUCCGACAGUUGUUGACCGAGGCAAAAGUGGCUCACAGUCAACGCAAACCUUGGGCGCUUGAAGAUACUUUCGCUGAAAGGCCGUUUUUCACUGUCACCACGGACGAAUAUCCACGUUUGGUCGAUUGGAGCACGCCUUGGACGAUGUAUCAUCAUCCCGACGUCGAAGUGAACUAUCAAUUCAUUCAAUACAUGAUGAUUCAACAGACGAAGGAUCAAUAUUACGGCAUAGUCGUUGCUCCGACAUCUGCAAAUGGACGGUUGCUUCCAAUGGAUGUGGGAGAUGGCGUGCACAACAUCAAUCCUCAUUACGUCGUUCUCAUGCCUACGUGGAUAAUGAAACAGUUGCAGACACAAGCUAGUUACGUCUGGGGAACGGCUUUCCGCGCUAUGGGGUCGGUAUCAUCGCAAAAAUACAUGCUCAUGUUGCCGGAGGGAUACGCGAAGAUGAAGGUUGACGCUCAAGCCACGAAUGCGCGCAACGAUGAAUUAUAG